AUGACAACAACCGCUCGACUGAUCAGUAGUUUUACAGUAAAGACGGCCUUUGUGCGUCCGCUUACCAGAAUCAGCGAAAGGAAUGAUUUUCUACCGCAAUCCAUAGAUCAUUCGAUUGCAACGUGGCAGUCCACAGGACAGAGGAGACCCUGUUCGUCUUCUUCCUUAUCAUGGUCCAGAUUGCAGGCUUCCAAUACUAACAACAACAACAACAACAAUAAUGUCAGAAACGGCAGCAACAAUGAGAGAACAUUCAGCAGCAACAGUAAUGAAAGCUACAACAAACCAAGAUACCCCAACAAAACCGCUGGCAGUUAUGACGCGAAUGGAAAACGACAAUUCUCUUCCUACAACAACAACAACAACGACAAUUGGCAAGUUCCAAAGUCCAUUGAAAUUCCCGUGGAAAAGAUUGACCUGUCUUUCACAAAAUCCUCCGGCGCCGGUGGCCAAAAUGUCAACAAGGUCAAUACCAAGGUAGAAUUGAGAUUCGAAGUGCUCGAGGCAGACUGGUUGCCCUUGGAAGUGCGAGAACGACUCUAUCAGCAACAACGAUCCAGAAUCAACAAAAAGGGAUUUUUAUCUCUUCAAGCACAGGAGCAUCGGACACAAGAAAAGAAUCGAAAAACAGCCGUCAGCAAAUUGCAAACCAUGAUUUUGGAGGCGUGGGAACGACCCAAAGAACGAAAGAUGAGAACGGGGAUUAGUCGAGCCGCCAAGGCGAGAAACGUGGAAAACAAACGACGGAGAAGUAACGUCAAGGAGAGUCGAAAGUCUGUCUCCUCACGAGAUUGGUGA